GCCGGAGAGAGGCAGGCAGGCGGUCAGGGAGGGCGUUUCCGCCUGACGAAAGGCGGCCGCCUGCUUUGCGCCUUGCUCAUGUUCCUCUCGUCUUGUUUUGUUGCCUUCCUUCGCGUUCACACGACGGCGAGGACCACCAACGCGCAAGCACACGCACGCACGCUCGCAUUGCCGCACGAGAUGGACGAGCAUGUCGCCGCCAGCACACCGUGACGUCGCCGCGACGCCAUCCAACUUGUCGGCGGAGCGUCGAUUCAGGACGAGGACGUUUUCCCAAGCCCCCUUUGGGGUGAAUUGAUAUCAGAAGCAAUCAUCGAGGGAUUGUAUGGACUCAUGGAGACUCUUUCCCAAGAUUCCUUGCUGGAAUGCCAGAUCUGCUUCAACUACUUCAGCCCGCGGCGGCGGCCCAAGCUGCUGGACUGCCGCCACACGUGCUGCUCGGUGUGCCUGUCGCAGAUGCGCGGCAGCCACAAGGAGCUCCGCUGCCCGUGGUGCCGUGGCGUGACCAAACUGCCGCCCGGCCUGUCGGUGGCGCACCUGCCCGACGACCCCGAGGCGGUGGCCGCGGUGGCCAUCCCGCGCAUCUCCGAGCGCACGCCCGUCUUCAUCCACCUGCCCGGCAGCGGCUGCUACGUGCUGCCGCUACCCGGCCCCGAAGAACACGCGCCCGACCUGCUGGCGUGCCGCUUCCUGCCGGGCGGCGGGCAGAAAGGUGUGGCGGUGGUGAGCGUGCCCGAGGAGCGCCCCCUGGGGGCACUUUUGGAGCUGGACGAGGGGGAGGGGGAGCGGCGGGUUGGCGUGCCGGCGGCCAAGGGCUCAGCCUGGUCGGGCGUGUGCACGGUGGUGCUGGUGGCGUGCGUGCUGCUCUUUCUGCUCGCCAUCGUGCUGCACAACAUGUCGUGCAUCUCCAAGCGAUUCACCGUCAUCUCCUGCGGAUGAACUUCGGCCGGGCUCACCUUUGACCCGCCAAACAACCCUCGGAGAUGAAACAUUCCCGAACAAACGCUCUCAUGACCUCAUCCGGACUUUCCGUUGACCCUUUGGUUAUUUUAGGCUCAGGCUCGUCUGAUUGGUCGUUAGUUUGUGAUUGAUUAGUUCAAGUGCAUCGGGACUUGGACUCCCAAAUGAGUGGGAAAGGACAACGCCUCCGUGUGACUUGUCCACCGUGUUAUCAAUAAAGUUGCGGUGUUAGAAGACAAAA